AUGGCAAUAGGAAAGGGAUUUGGGGGCUACGUAUUCAACUCCUCCGCAUUAAUAGCAGAUGCCUACCAUGCUGCCACAGACCUUGUGUCGGACUUCAUGACUCUUGCCACUGUGUCCCUAUCGCUCAAGCCGCCAACCUCACGGUUUCCCUUUGGCUACGGGAAGGUCGAGAGUCUUGGGGCUCUGGGCGUGAGCAGUUUGCUUUUGUGUGGAGGUGUCCUGAUGGGCUUAAACGCGGCGGAGGUUCUGCUCACGCAGUUUUUCCCAGCCAUUGCUGAGUCGUUCGCGCACCUGGGGUUACUGGGACACGGACAUUCCCACAGCCACAGUCAUGACCAUGAGCUGCUGGGGCCGAAUAUUAAUGCGGCAUGGCUUGCGGCGGGCUCCAUUUUAGUGAAGGAAUCGUUAUACCAUGCCACUAUGAAAGUUGCUCUCCAGCGAAGAUCCUCUGUCCUGGCAUCGAAUGCCAUUCACCACCGCGUCGAUUCGCUCACAAGCUUCGUCGCCCUCCUCACCAUUGGCGGCGCCCAUAUCCUCCCCGACGCUUCCUGGCUCGAUCCAGUGGGCGGGCUGAUAAUUUCGCUAAUGGUCAUUCGAGCCGGAUGGGGAAACACGAAGACCUCAUUGUUGGAGCUAGCGGACGUUGCUAUCGAUGAGGAAAUGAACGCGUCUGUGGAGGAAUCGACUCGGAAAGCUAUAGCGAUGCUGCCGGAUGGCGGUGGGAGCGAGAUAGAGAUCCGGGAGGUGCAGGGGAUUAAAUCGGGUCAGAAUCAUCUCAUGGAGAUCGAGUUGGCAGUCCCCAGCUCGUGGUCUGUUGGACAGACACGGGUGGUUGAAGAGGCUAUUCGGCAGCGCGUUGGUUCGCGGGUUCGAGGUGUGAAGCGGCUAAAGAUACGGUUCACACCGAAUACGGAGCGGGAUGCGAGCUUCUUCGAGGAGUUUAUUGCGCGGGAUGCGAGCCCGCGCAGCAGCCCAGAACCAGAAGACGACGAGGCUAAUGGAUCUGUUCACCAUAGUCACCAUGACCAUGUCAAAGCUGGGGCUGUAACUUCGGAAUCACAGGCUGAGAAUGAAGGGAUGGCCAGUAAGCGACGCUAA